AUGGAACUCCCACCUAUUUUCAUCAAUUGGAUUAAAGCUUGUUACUCAGAAGCAAGAUACUCCAUCUCUUUCAAUGGCAGUCUGAAUGGCUACUUCAAGGGUGCCAGGGGUAUAAGGCAGGGUGACCUCCUAUCUCCUCUUUUAUUUGCCCUCUCAAUGAAUGUGCUAUCCAGACUUCUUAAUUUAGCAGCGGCACGAGGUAUGUUUGGCUUCCAUCCUAAAUGCAAGAAGAUAGGUCUUACUCACUUAAUGUUUGCAGAUGAUCUCCUUAUCUUUUGUAAAGGAAUUGUGGAAUCUGUUAUAGGAGUCAUCGGUGUCCUAGAUAAAUUCUAUGAAAUGUCUGGACUUCAACUUAAUGCAGCCAAAUGUGAAUUUUAUGCUGCUGGUAUCCCUAUUAAUACUAUAGAGACUAUACACAGAAUCACGGGCUUCACACAUGGAAGCUUACCUGUGAGAUACUUAGGGGUACCUCUAGUAAAGAGAAAACUUUCUGAAAAGGACUGUGUACUUCUCAUUGAAAAAAUCAAAGCCAAGCUCCAUCACUGGUCGGGAAAACACUUGAGUUAUGCAGGAAGACUCGAACUUAUCAGAGCUGUCUUAUUUAGUGUUGCUAACUACUGGUGCAGGCAAUUAUUUUUACCACAGUCUAUUAUAAACAAGAUCGAGCAACUAUGUUCUUGUUUUCUCUGGAAAGGUUCUGACAAGGCUGCUACUGGCGUUAGAGUAAGCUGGAGAUUGAUAUGCAACUCGAAAUCUGAAGGAGGCCUCAGCUUAAAGGACUUAAAAACAUGGAACAAAGCGUGUAUGCUUCAGCUCAUUAGAAACAUCUUAGCAGGAGAGGGCUCACUGUGGGUUGCUUGGAUCAAAUCCUACUUGUUAAAAGACAGAGACUUCUGGCACACAGAAGGUGGAACUAAUGCUAGUUGGAGCUUCAGGAAACUGUUAAAACUUAAAAUAGAAGCACAAACUGUUUUUUCAACGGGAGCAAAGACGACUCGCGCCAUAUGGGAUGAGAUUAGAGUAAAGCGGGACAAAGUAACUUGGCACAAUCUAAUUUGGUUCCCUCUUCACAUACCAAAACACAGCAUGAUCGCUUGGAUGACUAUCUUGGACAGACUGCCAACUAAGAAUAGGCUUCAACAAAUGGGCAUUAUAACCGAUGGCUGGUGUGUUCUGUGCAAUGAGGAUCGGGAGACAAGAGACCAUCUAUUCCUUGAAUGUCCUCUGGCGGUGUCCCUUUGGCAAGCCAUUCUACAACUCUCCGGAUUAAGGUUACCUUCUUUGUUCUGGAACACCUUCUUAGCAUCGACUUCUCAUACUUGGAAAGGUAAAUCCCUACUUAUCACAAUUUUGAAGCUUGCAUGGUGUGCAUUUUUAUACUCUAUAUGGGAGGAACGAAACAGAAGGUUGUUCAAAGGAAUCUCCAGAAACGCAACAGAAAUUCUUAAAGCUAUCAAGGAGAUUGUUGGAAUUCAACUUAGAGGCCGGAAUAUUAAUAGACUUGAUAGCGUUAAUAUUACUCUUUGUAAGAACUUGAAUAUUGAAUAA